AUGACAAAACCCAAGAAAUAUGUCAAGGUCAACGGAAUCAUGAAGUUGAAUCCAGAGUGGAAGAAAUGGAAGGAACAACAAGGCGAUGGCGGCCCAGCGACCACUGUCCAGCGUCCAUCCGUAGCACUCCCGAUUGUAUCGAGCAUGGAAGAUCACGAGAAACUCAAUGAAGCUUCAUUGGCUUCAGGAGGACAAGAAAUUCCUUUUUCAGAGUCCACUUCGGCCACCAUUGAGAUGAUGCAAGAGCCUGAGAUUUGUGUUGAUGCUGGAAUGGACCCCGAUACCGUGGUGGACGAAUUGGGCGCCUUGUUGAACAAGUAUGAAGUCCCAAUUGGAUUGAUGAACAAGUUGAUGAUGCUCAGUGAAUUUGAAGUUUUGGAAUUCAUGAUUGACGACUCUGGAAGUAUGACAUUGAACACUGAUUCUGUGGACCGCCAAGGCCGCCCUCAGACUCGAUGGACUGAGGCCCAAGGUCGUCUAAAGGAAAUGAUUGAAGUGCUGGCACAUGUUCCCUUCAAUCAAAUUGUCAUCGUCUUUUUGAACCGCACGGAUGUGAUUUCCUUGCAGCGAAACAAACGCGACCCCAAGACCAUCAUUGCUGACGCCAAUCAAAAAAUCGAUAGCGUCUUUAGCAAGGGCCCCAGUGGAACUACCCCAGCUCUAGAGAAGAUCCAAAAGUCGCUCACCGGUAACCCAAGCAUGUCCAUUGCAAGAUGGUUUUUUGGUGACGGUGUACCAAACGGCGGCAUUAUGGCCCAGAAGGAGAUCACCCGACUUCUUGUCCAACGUCCAAACCCUGCUCAAAAUCCAAUGACUUUUAUCAGUUGUACCAAUGAGGAUGACCAGGUAGAAUGGAUGAAGGAUGCCGAGGAAGCUGCACCAUACUGUUCCGAAUCGGAUGAUUUCAGGGAUGAGGCCGCCGAAGUUAUGCGAGAUCAAGGAGCUGCCUUGCCUUAUUCCAAGGGGUUCCACUUGGUUGGAACUUUGGUUGGGGCCAUGAAUCCUGAUGAUUUGGAUGCCAUGGACGAAAGUAUCCCAUUCACUAAGUCAACUUUGGACAACUUGUUGGGAAUUCAACACAACGAAGAAUCCUACCGCCACUACUUCAACUUGUUCGCGGAAGCCCAAAGCAACCGUAAAGUAGAAGGCCCCAUGGACAACUUGAAGAGGAGUAUGCGGUGGAACUACAAUGACUUUUUGCAGGCGCCCUUGGCCAGCCAAAUUGCUGCCGUACAAGACUUCAAGGGCAAGUUGAAGACAAUGGGAGGAUAA